UCGGUCAGGGCCAAAAUUUGACGUUGUUUAUUAACCCGUGCUUUUAUCACGUUGUUUUGCUGUGUAUUUCAUCUUACAGUACAUCACUUAUUAUAGAAUCUAGAUUAGAUCUAGAUUCUAUGCUAAUUUGCAUUACAAAUCUUGCUUUGUAAGCAAACUAAAUUUCAUUCACUCUUAUCUAAGUUUAGAAUUUGACAGCUCUGGUGACUGAAUUAACUUCAAACUUGUCUUAGUCGUCUUAGAAUUAGAAAGAAAAAAAAUGUCAGAAUCAGAUGAAAUAGUGCUGAUCAGUGUCUCAGACAAAACAGGAUUGAUUCCUUUUGGUGAACAACUUUCUGCCAAAGGUUUUAAACUUGUUGCUUCUGGUGGAACGGCGAAGGCCUUGCGUGAUGCAAACAUUCUUGUUAGUGAUGUGGAAGAGAUCACCGGAGCCCCUGAAAUGCUUGGAGGUCGUGUUAAAACUCUUCAUCCUGCUGUACAUGGAGGUAUUCUGAGUAGGCUUAGGGAAGAAGAUCAAGCAGAUAUGAAGGAACGGGGUUAUAAAAUGAUAAAGAUCGUUGUCUGUAACUUGUAUCCAUUCAGUCAAACAGUGGCCUCUCCAAAUGUCUCUGUGGAAGAUGCAGUUGAACAGAUAGAUAUAGGUGGCGUGACAUUACUGAGAGCUGGCGCCAAGAAUCAUUCUCGUGUCAGUGUUAUCUGUGAUCCCCAAGAUUAUCAAAAAGUUAUUGAUGAGAUAUCAGCUUCUCCGCAGAAGGACACAUCAUUAGAAACAAGGAAAAAACUGGCUGUCAAGGCUUUUAACCACACUGCUGGAUAUGAUGCUGCUAUAUCUGAUUACUUUCGACGUCAGUAUUGUGCUGGUGAGUCCCAGUUGACUCUCAAGUAUGGCAUGAACCCUCAUCAAGCUCCUGCUCAGAUCUAUACAACAUUGCCAGAGCUACCUCUGAAAGUGGUCAAUGGAGGUCCUGGAUUUAUCAACUUAUGUGAUGCUCUGAAUGCUUGGCAACUAGUCAGUGACCUGAAGAGAGCCCUUGGAUUGCCAGCUGCUACUUCUUUCAAACAUGUCUCACCUGCAGGCGCUGCAGUUGGGACUGCCCUAUCUCCUGUUGAGGCAAAGCUUUGCAUGGUAGAUGAUCUGAAAGAUUUAUCCCCUUUGGCCAUUGCAUAUGCAAAAGCAAGAGGUGCUGACAGAAUGUCUUCCUUUGGUGACUUUAUUGCUCUGUCUGAUGUUUGUGAUGUACCAACUGCUAAGAUCAUUAAUCGUGAAGUGUCUGAUGGAGUGGUAGCCCCUGGUUAUGAGCCUCAGGCAUUGGAGAUUCUAAAACAGAAAAAAGGAGGAGCUUACUGUGUCUUACAGAUUGAUCCCUCCUACGUUCCUCCACUCAUGGAAGCUCGUACGUUGUUUGGAUUGCAGUUGGAACAGAGAAGGAAUGAUGCUGUUAUUGAUAAAGGUCUCUUCACUAAUAUUGUUUCAAAGAGAAAUGAAUUGCCUGAGGAAGCUGUGAGAGAUCUAAUAGUAGCUACUGUUGCUCUGAAGUAUACCCAGUCCAACUCUGUUUGUUAUGCUAAGGAUGGCCAGGUGAUUGGUAUUGGAGCAGGGCAGCAGUCACGUAUUCACUGCACACGACUUGCUGGGGACAAAGCCAAUAACUGGUGGCUGAGGCAACAUCCAAAAGUUCUUGGCAUGAAGUUUAAAAAGGGUGUAAAGAGAGCAGACAUUGCCAAUGCUAUUGAUGGUUAUGUCCUGGACACAAUAGGGCAGGAUUUAGCUGCAUUUGAAAAUCUGUUGGAGAAUCCACCAAGUCCACUGACUGAUGCAGAGAGAAAAGAAUGGAUUUCACAGAUGUCUGGUGUCAGUCUAAGCUCAGAUGCCUUUUUCCCUUUCCGAGACAGUGUUGAUAGAGCAGUCAAGAGUGGUGUUGAGUACAUUGCCUCCCCUGCAGGCUCAGUUGGAGACCAGAGUGUCAUAGCAGCCAGUGAUGAGCACAAUGUUGUAUUGAUUCACACCAAACUCAGGCUGUUCCAUCACUGAGACACAGGCUGUCCCAUCAAUGAGAGUCUCCCUUGUUGGAUUUACGGAUGUGUUCAUUAUCAACAUUUUAGUUAAUGUUACAAUUGAUAUUGUUUAUGUUUUAGCUUUGUUACUUUUGUAACUGAAGAUAAUUUACUUUUUUUUUUAGAUGCAUUUAAAACGAGAUUUUUGUUUCAUGUGAUUUUUUUUUUCUUUAUAGUGAUAAUGAAGUAUUUGAGGAUGUCUUGUAAGUUUUGUUCUGUUUAUGUGCUGGUAACCAAUUUGUAAUGUUUUUUAAAAUUAGUUGACUUUUAUUUUCUUGGAAACUUGAAAUUAAUGUAAAUGUUGUAGUCCUGAGAUGAAUGUAAUCUUUAUAGUCCACAGUAUUACACUACAAUCAACAUACAUUUGUAAACAUUUUGUGCAUUUAACUGUAUACUACCUGUUUUAAGUCAAUAAUUAACAUAAACAAAUUGUGAUUUACUAAAAUAUACAUUCGAUUGAUUUACUAUACUGUCAGAAUGAUCUCCCAGUGUAGGGGCAUAACAUGUACCUAAUCAGAGAAAUGUGUUAAAAAACUCUUCAAUGUACUAUGUCAUUGUUUCAAUACUAUUGGUUGGAUUUCAAUACAAAUGCACACUGCUUGCUCAUGGAAAUCAUUCAUGUGGAAUCAUCAGUCAUAUCAUUUUGAUCCAGACAUCUACUCAGUAUCCUCAUCACAUUUUUUUUGUGUGUGUUUCAAUCUUAAUGCUUUGUGAAGGGCUUUCAAGAUUUACAUUCAAACUGCAAAUACUCAGGGCUUUAAUGUGAUUCCAAAUGUUGUACAAGUUAAAUGGGAAUAAACUUGAAGUGUACUAGA